AUGGGGAGAUAUCCAGUUUUGAUGAUCUUUCUUGCUUCUUCUCUUCUUCUUGUCUUUCAAAAGCUCGAAGUCGUUAACGCCGUUGGAUGUACCGGAAGCUUAUUCAACGGUAAUAGCAGCUACGCUCAGAAUCGCCGUGAUCUUUUCUCUACUCUUGCAGAUAAAGUCGUCACCAACGGUGGAUUCUACAACGCUUCACUUGGCAAAAGUCCCAACAGAGUUCAUGCUGUUGGUCUAUGUGGAAGAGGCUACGAGCAACAAGCUUGUAUCAGUUGUAUUGAAAGUGCGGUUCAGGGUAUACUAACGACGACGAGUUGUCUAAACCGCGUGGAUUCCUUCACGUGGGACAAAGACGGUGAAGACAAUGUUUCUUGUCUUGUAAGUACCUCAAACCACUCAACUUUUGGUAGUCUCGAGCUUAGACCUGCUGUUAGAUACCAAAGUCCAAAUAAUAUCGAGCCAUCGAAAAACAUGACUCUUUUCGAACAAGAAUGGAAUGCAAUGUCUAACCGGACCCUUGACGCUGCCACGGAAGCUGAAACUUCCUUGGUGCUUAAAUACUAUAGUGCUGAGAAAGCCGAGUUCACAGAGUUUCCAAAUGUUUACAUGCUGAUGCAAUGCACACCCGAUAUAACUUCCCAAGAUUGCAAGACAUGUUUGGGAGAAUGCGUGUCGCUUUUUAAAGAACAGGUUUGGGGAAGACAAGGAGGAGAGGUUUAUCGUCCGAGCUGUUUUUUCAGGUGGGAUCUAUAUGCUUUCCAUGGUGCUUUUGACAAUGUAACUAGAGUUCCUGCACCUCCUCGACCGCAAACUCAAGGAAACGAGAGCUCUAUAACCGAAAAGAAAGGAAGAAGCAAUGGUUAUCGUGGAAUCAUCGCUAUAUUUGUGGUUCUUACUUUCAUUAAUAUUUUUGUGUUUAUUGGCUUCAUAAAAGUAUAUGCACGGAGGAAAAAAUCAUACAACGUAACCAAUGUUCCUAGUGCAGAGUACUCUGAUUCUGAUGGUCAGUUUGUGCUACGGUUUAAUCUUGGUAUGAUCUUAAUGGCAACCAAUGACUUCUCGUCUGAAAAUACACUUGGCCAAGGUGGAUUUGGUACAGUCUAUAAGGGGACGUUACUAAACGGGCAAGAGAUAGCGGUGAAGAGAUUAACAAAAGGUUCAGGACAAGGAGAUAUGGAGUUCAAGAAUGAGGUUUCACUAUUGACAAGACUCCAACAUAGGAAUCUUGUUAAGCUUCUUGGGUUCUGUAAUGAAGGAGAUGAAGAGAUUCUUGUCUACGAGUUUGUCCCUAACGCAAGUCUUGACCACUUUAUCUUUGAUCAAGAGAAGCGUUCACUUCUUACAUGGGAGAUGAGGUUCAGAAUUAUAGAAGGCAUAGCUCGAGGUCUUGUAUAUCUUCAUGAAGAUUCUCAGCUAAAGAUUAUUCACCGAGACUUGAAGUUGAGCAACAUCCUUUUGGACGCUGAGAUGAACCCUAAAGUUGCAGACUUUGGAACAGCGAGGUUGUUCGACACUGAUGAGACUCGAGCUGAAACAAAAAGAAUAGCUGGAACCCGAGGAUAUAUGGCUCCUGAGUACCUGAAUCAUGGGCAAAUUUCAGCCAAAUCUGACGUCUAUAGCUUUGGUGUCAUGCUUCUAGAGAUGAUAAGUGGUAAAAGAAACAAGACUUUUGAAGGAGAAGGACUUGCAGCUUUUGCAUGGAAGAGAUGGGUUGAGGGAAAGCCUGAGAUUAUAAUUGAUCCUUUCUUGAUAGAGAACCCAAGAAACGAGAUCAUCAAGUUGAUCCAGAUUGGUUUGUUGUGUGUUCAAGAGAAUGCAACAAAGAGACCAACCAUGAGCUCUGUUAUUAUUUGGCUUGGAAGUGAGACUAUCAUCAUUCCAUUACCUAAUUCUCCUGUUUACACUAGAAGUAAAUCCCAAUCUGAAAGUAGUACAAUGUCGAUAAGCAGCGAUGUCUUCACGGAGUUGAGUUGUCGUUGAGCUGUAAAUCAGUUAAUCAAAAUGUGAAUUCCUAAAGAAAACUAAUGUAAUACAUUGUAUUUUGUGGUCUUGGUCAUGAACUCAUCAUGAUCAUGAUCAAAGAACUUUCAUUUUAUCUUUUGGUCUUGA